AAUAUGGAUAUCUGGUCUGAAAUAUCACUCGACAGCGAAGCACUUCGAUUGAUGACAAUAGCUAUAUAGUGGGCACUCUGAAGAAAUGCCACAAAUAUCAUAUACUGUAGUAAACGGUUAUUGUUGAGACUCUGUAGCAAAUAAUUGAUCCAUUUAUCCAUUCCUGUGCUGACAUCCAGAAGCCAAUACUAUUAAAUAAAUAACUAAAACCAGAGCUUUUUGAGCACAUGUGCUGUUGGUAUUGCAUUAUAGAUGAAAACGGCGUUCAAAUGACAUAUGAUUGCAUAAACUUAUCGUUUUGUCUGAUAUUGUAAUUACUAAUUGUUUAUAAUAUUAAUGAUUGGCAUUCAUUGAUUCAAUUGAAUUAAGCAUUCAUUUGACAAACCCAUUCAUAUAUGAGGUCAUGUCAUCCUUAUUAAGACGUUUAUCAUUAAAUGUUGUCAAGAAUUAUAGCAAUUGCCAACAUUUGACCGGCCAUUCAUUGAAGACAAUACCAAAUAGUCAUCCAUUUUGCGGACAUUUUAAUCGUCGGACAAAUUUAGACAUCAAUAGGAUUGCCAUUAGAUAUAUGUCGAUUGAUUCACAUGAAAGUGAACGCCUAGUGAUGGACAGUAAAGACAGACAUAAUUAUGAUAACAUCAAUGACAUGAAUGACACGUUUGACACUAACAUUGAUAUUAAUAUCAAACAAACUACAAUGGACACAUCAGACGGCAUUCAUUUUGAUAAUAAGCUCAACUUAGAGGUUGAUCCGAGUGGUAGUGGACAACAAACGCUGGAAACAACUAUUAAGGAUUUUUGGCUCAAACAUGACAUCACUGUCCACGGAAGGGAAGCACCGUUGCCUAUGUUGGACAUGGAUUCGUAUUCGUGGCCCGAAGCUGUACAACAAGCUCUGAACGCCGAUGGCUUUGCGGAGCCCACACCUAUUCAAUGUCAAGGCUGGCCAAUAGUAUUGUCCGGUCGGGAUAUGGUCGGAGUGGCGCAAACCGGCUCAGGAAAAACAUUGUGUUAUGUUUUGCCCGCUUUUGUUAAAAUACUUAAAGAAGGUAUCAAAAGAGGUCCCAAAUGUCUGGUGUUGUCGCCGACUCGUGAAUUGGCUCAACAGAUCCAAUCGGUUAUUCGUCGCUAUAACUUUGCCAGUAAUGUGUGUCUCUAUGGCGGUGCCUCUCGUUUACCACAAAUGCAAAUAUUGCGUAACAAUAACCCGCAAAUCAUUAUCGCAACGCCCGGUCGUAUGAAUGACUUUGUUGAGAGUUCUGUUGUAGACUUACGGACAGUCGACUACCUGGUUCUCGAUGAGGCCGACCGUAUGCUUGACAUGGGCUUCGAGCCACAGAUUCGUCGUAUUAUUGAACACAUCCCAAGAGAGCGCCAAACAGUGAUGUGGUCGGCCACCUGGCCUAAGGAGGUCAAAGAUCUGGCCGCACAAUACAUGAAGGAUUACAUUCAGAUCAAUGUUGGCGGUCGAGAACUGAUGGCCAACAAAAAUAUUGAACAGAUUGUCGAGAUUUGCGAGGAAUACGAUAAGAAUCGUAGACUUAUGGAAGUGUUGAAGAAUAUUAGCACUUCUUCGUCUGACAAUAAGACACUGAUUUUUGCGAAGACUAAGCAAUCAGUUGACUAUUUGACCAAAACUUUGCGUUUUGCUGGUCUAUCAGCGGUUGCCAUUCACGGCGAUAAGUCACAGGCUGUCAGAGAUCAAGUUCUUGGAGAUUUUAGGAAAAAUCACUUUUCAAUACUUGUGGCCACCGAUGUUGCCGCCCGUGGAUUAGACGUUGAUGACAUAAAAUAUGUUAUUAACUUUGAUUAUCCGAAUACUGGCGAGGAUUAUGUUCACCGAAUUGGUCGCACUGGUCGUCGAGAUAAAACGGGAACGGCUUUUACUUUCUUGACCUCAGAAGAGGCCCGACAGGCGGAUGAGUUGAUUGCAAUAUUGCGCGAAUCCAAUCAAACAGUUAGUCCACAAUUGCUUGAAAUGUCAAAUAUGGCCAAAAACGUUGCAAUGGAUAAGAAACGUCGGAAACAAUUCCGAACUCCCGGAGCAGUCAAUGCCUACGGCUAUCAGUAUGACAAAGGAUAUCGCAAACCAUUUGUUCAAAGAGAGCGUCAAUACAACAACACAUUCGACGGCAACCAACAACAUCAACCGCGCCGACGACCUGAGUUUUCGGUAAAUUAUGGCUCAACUCAGAGCUAUGGUGUCACUCCUCAGGACUAUAACAAUGGCUAUCGACAACAAACAAAUGAUUACGGUUUUGAUCGUCAAAGUUAUGGCUCACAACGUCAACCAUCCGAUUAUAGACCAAACUAUAGGUCUAACUAUGAGUCCAAUUAUGGACAACAAUCUAAUUAUGACAAUAGUUACGGUUCUAGUCGUACAUCAGGUACUGAACGCAACCGAGACUAUUGAUUGUAAAUAUUUCUAUUUUAUGCUAUUUUUGUUAGUUUUUUGAUAAAAAAAUAUUUAUUACUAUUAUAAUUACUAUUAAUAUAUUCAUAUAUAUGUAAACCAAAAUUGUAUAAU